GGCGUCCAGGCCUAACGCGCUCUCCCCGGUUCUCUCGCCCGCCCGCCCGCCCGCCCAGGUGCCGCCGCCGGACGGGACUCUAAGAUGAAGUUAUGGGAUGUCGUGGCUGUCUGCCUGGUGCUGCUCCACACCGCGUCCGCCUUCCCGCUGCCCGCCGCAAAUAUGCCAGAGGAUUAUCCUGAUCAGUUUCAUGAUGUCAUGGAUUUUAUACAAGCCACCAUUAGAAGACUGAAAAGGUCACCCGAUAGACAAAUGGCCGUGCUUCCUCGCAGAGAGCGGCACCGGCAGGCUGCAGCCGCCAGCCCGGAGAGUUCCCGAGGGAAAGGCCGGCGGGGCCAGAGGGGCCGAAAUCGGGGGUGCGUCUUAACUGCCGUGCAUCUGAAUGUCACUGACUUGGGUUUGGGCUACGAAACCAAGGAGGAACUCAUUUUCAGGUACUGCAGCGGCUCCUGCGAUGCAGCCGAGACAAUGUAUGACAAAAUAUUAAAAAACUUGUCCAAAAAUAGAAGGCUGGUGAGUGACAAAGUCGGGCAGGCGUGUUGCAGACCCCUCGCCUUCGAUGACGACCUGUCCUUUUUAGACGAUAACCUGGUUUACCAUAUUCUGAGAAAGCAUUCCGCCAAACGCUGUGGAUGUAUCUGACUCCCGCUCCAGAGACCGCUGUGUAUUGCAUUCCUGCCACAAAGUGC